GGCCCGGGCGGCGGCGCCUGCGCAGUCGGGGCGCGGGGGGGGGCCGGCUCGGGUCCGUGUCGCUGCCGCUUCCUCCGCCUGUCGCGACAGCAGCGCGGCGAUAAUGGUGGAUUACCACAGCGCGGGGCAGCCCCACCCGUACGGCGGGAACGGGCCCGGCCCCAACGGCGACUACAUGGCCCAGGAGGAUGAUUGGGAUCGAGAUCUGCUCCUGGACCCCGCCUGGGAGAAGCAGCAGCGCAAGACGUUCACGGCCUGGUGCAACUCCCACCUGCGCAAGGCCGGCACGCAGAUCGAGAACAUCGACGAGGAUUUCCGGGACGGGCUCAAGCUGAUGCUGCUCCUCGAGGUCAUCUCAGGGGAGCGGCUCCCGAAGCCCGAGCGGGGCAAGAUGAGGGUGCACAAGAUCAACAACGUCAACAAGGCCCUGGACUUCAUCGCCAGCAAAGGCGUCAAGCUCGUCUCCAUCGGUGCCGAGGAGAUCGUGGACGGGAACGCCAAGAUGACGCUGGGCAUGAUCUGGACCAUCAUCCUGCGCUUCGCCAUCCAGGACAUCUCCGUGGAAGAGACCUCGGCCAAGGAGGGGCUCCUGCUCUGGUGCCAGCGGAAAACGGCGCCCUACAAGAACGUCAACGUCCAGAACUUCCACAUCAGCUGGAAGGACGGGCUGGCCUUCAACGCCCUCAUCCACCGACACCGCCCGGAGCUGAUCGAGUACGACAAGCUGCGCAAGGACGACCCCGUCACCAACCUCAACAACGCCUUCGAGGUGGCCGAGAAGUACCUGGACAUCCCCAAGAUGCUGGACGCCGAGGAUAUCGUGGGCACGCUGCGGCCCGACGAGAAGGCCAUCAUGACCUACGUGUCCUGCUUCUACCACGCCUUCUCCGGGGCCCAGAAGGCGGAGACGGCGGCGAAUCGGAUCUGCAAAGUUCUGGCCGUGAACCAGGAGAACGAGCAGCUCAUGGAGGACUACGAGCGCCUGGCCUCGGAUCUGCUGGCGUGGAUCCAGCGCACCAUCCCCUGGCUGGAGGCGCGGGACCCGCAGAAAACCAUCCCGGCCAUGCAGCAGAAGCUGGAGGAUUUCCGCGAGUACCGCAGGGUGCACAAACCCCCCAAGGUGCAGGAGAAGUGCCAGCUGGAGAUCAACUUCAACACCCUGCAGACCAAACUGCGCCUCAGCGGCCGGCCCGCCUUCAUGCCCUCCGAGGGCAGGAUGGUCUCGGACAUCGGGGCAGGGUGGCAGCGCCUGGAGCAGGCCGAGAAGGGCCACGAGGAGUGGCUGCUGACGGAGCUGCGGCGCCUGGAGCGCCUGGAUCACCUGGCCGAGAAAUUCCGGCAGAAAGCCUCGAUCCACGAGGGCUGGACGGAAGGUAAGGAGGUGGCCCUGCGGGACCGGGACUCGGGCACGGCCUCGCUGGCCCAGGUGCGGGCGCUGCUCCGCAAGCACGAGGCCUUCGAGUCGGACCUGGCAGCGCACCAGGACCGGGUGGAGCAGAUCGCGGCCAUCGCCCAGGAGCUCAACGAGCUGGAUUACUACGACGCGCCGAGCGUCAACGCCCGGUGCCAGAAGAUCUGUGACCAGUGGGACCUGCUGGGCUCCCUGACCCACAGCCGCCGCGAGGCGCUGGAGAAAACGGAGAAGCAGCUGGAGACCAUCGACGAGCUGCACCUGGAGUACGCCAAGCGCGCGGCGCCCUUCAACAACUGGAUGGAGAGCGCCAUGGAGGACCUGCAGGACAUGUUCAUCGUGCACACCAUCGAGGAGAUCCAGGGCCUGAUCGCGGCCCACGAGCAGUUCAAGUCGACGCUGCCGGACGCGGACAAGGAGCGGGAGGCGAUCCUGGGGAUCCAGCGGGAGGCGCAGCGGAUGGCGGAGCUGCACGGGAUCCAGCUGCCCGCCAGCAACCCCUACACCUCGGUCACGGCCCAGGUCAUCAACUCCAAGUGGGAGCGGGUGCAGCAGCUGGUGCCGCAGCGGGACCAGGCGCUGCAGGAGGAGCAGGCGCGGCAGGACUCCAACGAGCGCCUGCGGCGGCAGUUCGGCAGCCAGGCCAACCGCGUCGGGCCCUGGAUCCAGACCAAGAUGGAGGAGAUCGGCCGGAUCUCCAUCGAGAUGAACGGCACGCUGGAGGACCAGCUGAACCACCUGAAGGAGUACGAGGAGAACAUCGUGGAGUACAAGCCCAACCUGGAGCUGCUGGAGCAGCAGCACCAGCUGGUGCAGGAGGCCCUGAUCUUCGACAACCAGCACUCCAACUACACCAUGGAGCACCUGCGCGUGGGCUGGGAGCAGCUGCUGACCACCAUCGCCCGCACCAUCAACGAGGUGGAGAACCAGAUCCUGACCCGCGACGCCAAGGGCAUCAGCCAGGAGCAGAUGCAGGAGUUCCGCGCCUCCUUCAACCACUUCGACAAGGACCACGGCGGCGCCCUGGGCCCGGAGGAGUUCAAGGCCUGUUUGAUCAGUCUGGGCUACGACGUCGAGAACGACCGGCAGCCGAAGCGCCGCACGGACUCCAGCGACUUCCGCGCGCUGCUGGGCGCCGCGGGAUCCGGCCUGGGCGACGCCGAGUUCCAGCGGAUCAUGGCCGUGGUGGAUCCCAACGGCAGCGGCAGCGUCACCUUCCAGGCCUUCAUCGACUUCAUGUCCCAGGAAACCACGGACACGGACACGGCCGAGCAGGUCAUCAACAGCUUCCGCGUGCUGGCCGGGGACAAGAACUACAUCACGGCGGCGGAGCUGCGGCGGGAGCUGCCGGCGGCGCAGGCCGAGUACUGCAUCGCCCGCAUGGCGCCCUACCCCGGCCCCGACGGCGUCCCCGGCGCCCUGGACUACAAAUCCUUCUCCACGGCGCUCUACGGCGAGAGCGACCUCUGAGCGGGAUCCACCGGGAUCCACCGGGAUCCCCCAGAGUCCCCCAAGGAUCCCCCUGGAUCCCUGAUGGUCCCGGAUCCUCAAGGAUCCCCGAGGGUCCCCCAGGAUCCCCUGGGAUCCCUGAGGAUCCUGGAUCCCCUAGGGUCCCCCAGGAUCCCCCAAAAGUCACCAAGGAUCCCUCUGGAUCCCUCCUGAUGGUCCCAGAUCCCCAAGGAUCCUCCAGGACCUUCGAGGAUCCUGGACCCCCAACAGUCCCAGAUCCCCGAGGGUCCCCCAGGAUCCCCAAGGAUUCCCCAGGACCCCCGAGGAUCCCGGAUUCCAAAUGCUCCCAGAUCCCCAGGGAUUCCCCAGGAUCCCCAGGGAUCCCGGAUCGCCAAGGAUCCUCCAGGACCCCCGAGGAUCCCCGACGGUCCCAGAUCCCCAUGGAUCCUCCCCGAGGAUCCCCGACACAAACCCCCCCCCGCCUCCUACUAUGCAACAGUUGAUUGAUUUUGGGAUAUUUCGGGACGCGAUUCCCACUUUUCCCCGGUUAUUUUUGGUAACGGGACGCGGAGAGAGGAAUUCCCAGGAAUUCCCAGGAUUUUCCACGGGAUCGGCGGCGCGGCCCAAGGGUUCCCUCUCCCCUCGCCUUUCCCCCGCGCCUCACACCUAAUUUAUGGCUUUUCCAGAGGGAAAAAUUCGGGGGUUUGGGGGGGUUUUUUUAGGUUUUUUUCACUCACAUUCCCACCUCGGAGCAGCGUUUUGUGGACCAAAAAAUAAAAAGGGGGGGGAAAUAGGGGGGAAUAGGGAAAAAAGAUGGGAAAUACGAAGCAGGGAGAAAUGAGGAAAAAAUUAGGAGGAAAAAUGUGGUCAGAGAUGGAAAAUCAGGGAAAAAAUACGGAGAAAUGAAAAAAUGUGGAAAAAUUAGGAGAGAAAUGAGGAGAAUCGUGAAGAAAUCUGGAGGAAUACAGAAAUAUAUGGGAAAAUAAUGAUAAAUAAAGAAGAGUAUGGAGAAAAAUAAAGAGAGACAUCAUAAGAACUGUGGAAAAAUAAUAAAAAUUAAGAUAAACAAGGAGGAAAAUUAAGAGAAAUCCACCUAAUAAAGCGCCUGAUCCUGGAAAAUUUUGACAGGAAGCAGAAAAUUCCGGUUUCCUUUAUAACUUUACGGAUUUAUUAUAUAAAUAUAUAUUCACGUAGCAGCUUCUUUGUCCUGUAAUUAAAAUAUUGCUGGAAAAAAAA